AUGUUUAAUUUUAAUAGAUAUUUAGGUUCCAGUACAAGACCAUAUAAUUGGUUAUCAAAUAAUAGUAAUAAUAUAUCAAAGUUUACAAUAAAUAAUAAAAAUAAUAAUAAAUUAUUAUUUACUUCCACAUUUUCAAAUAUUAAUAAUCUCAAUAAUAAUAAUAAAUACAAUGAAAUAAAAUUUUAUUCAACUACACCACCAAAUUCAUCAACUCCACCACCAAUUCCACCAACCCAUGGAAAGAUUUCAUUUUUUUUCACACAAACUUUUGAUAAAGGAAAUGGUUCAGUAAGUAAUAAAUUUUUAAAUUUAGUUGGCUUAACAAUUGUUUCAUCAGCUCUUUUCUCUUUGGUAAUGUACUUUUUUGAUAAUGCAGUGCAAGAUGAUGAAUACAUGUAUAGAAUUUUAAAUUAUUUUCCAUCAACACCACCAUUUUUAUUAAUGGAUAAAAAAGGAUACAUUAAAAAAUUAGUUCAAGAAUAUAAAGAAGGUACAAUUUCACCAACAGGAUUAAAAAUUAUUGCAUUGAUUGCAUCAACAUUAGAUGGUGAUAAAUAUUUAUUAAAAUAUGAUAUGUUUGAUAUUGUUUGUGAAAAAGUAAUCUCAAAAAAAGAAACAACUUUAAAUAAUUCUGAUCAAGAUUUUUUCAUUCUCUUUCGUUUAUCAUUUAACUCAAAAAAAGCUGUACCAAAUGAAAUCGUUCAAAAAACUGAAAAAACUCAUUUCUAUAGAUUUUUUACAGAAAAUGAAAAAAGAUUAUCAGAAUUAGAAGGAAUGGUAGAUUCAUUUAAAAUUAAUUCAAAAGAUGUUUUGUUAUCUUUAAUAGUUGCACCAAUAUUCGCAUUUGCAAUUUUUUCCAGAAGAGUUUCACCAACAACUCUUUUUAAUUCAAUGAAAAGAAGUGCGGUCACAUCAGGAAUGGUAAUGAGUGGUCCAUUGCUUAGGGAUUAUAUGAAUGAAAAUCUAUUUGAAAAUUGUGAAAACUUUACAUGUCAUGCAUUGAAAUCACAACUUCCAUUCGUAGGUUAUGGUUUGUUUUUAUUACAGUGCUCCCAUUUUUCUUUUAUCAGUUGGGUUUUGCCAGUUUUUACAACUUUAUUUAUUACAAAAUCUUUUGAAGCCUACAGAUACAUUCCCAAAGUAACAGAGUUUUUACGUAAAAAGAAACCAAGAGAUACUGAUUUUUCAGUUGAACAAAAAAGUAUUUAG